AUGUCUGAUUCCGACCAUGAACCUCCUCCAGCCCCAAUACGCAAUAGGACCAAACCACAACGGACGCUCGCUUGCGCAUCAUGUCAACAGCGCAAAGUAAGAUGCGACCGUAAAUUCCCGUGCAACACUUGUGUCAAGGGAGGUAUACAAUGUAUACCGGUAGCUGCUCCUCGACAGCGACGACGACGCUUCCCUGAAGCAGAGUUGUUGCAACGACUCAGACAUUUAGAAGACUUGCUCCGACAACACGGUAUAGACUUUGAGCCUUUGCAUGGAAGUCUCGCUGAGAAGAAUUCUGUUUUAAGGAAUGAAAAGGAGAAUGACAAAAAUGGCAAGGAGGGCAGUCCGGAGAUCAAGACUGAGACCACGUUUGAGGCAAGAAAUCUCUGGCAAGCCAUGAAUCAAAAAGUACGACUCAAAGGCAACCUCUCACUGAUGGAAGAAUAUCUAAUCACCGACAACCAGUCUCCCAACCCCAACGACUCUGAAGAAGAAGACGACAAUGAUAGCGACAAUGUCACUAAUGAUCUCCGCGAUGUAGCUGCCAAAACAACUUGGGAUCAGAUGUACAAGAACAGUACCGAUUUCUUGCUCUUUGGCUCUUUGAUUGCAGAUGUGGAUCUCACUAUUGUACAUCCUCCUGAUCAUGUGCAGAUACUCAAACUCUGGCAGAUCUAUCUCGAGAAUGUGGAUCCAUUGCUCAAGAUCACGCACACGCCUACUCUGCAAGUGCGAUUGAUAAAUGCGACUGGAGAUCUGGGAAACGUGGACUCGAAGUUGGAGGCAUUGAUGUUUGGCGUAUAUUGUGUUGCCAUCAUGAGUCUUUCCAAAGCGGAGUGUCUGAUCAUGUUUGGAUGUGAGAGAGAAAUUCUCUUGCAGAGGUAUCGAUUUGGUUGUCAGCAGGCACUGCUCAAGUGUGGGUUUCUCCAGUCUGAUGACCGUGAUUGUCUGACGGCGUUGUUUUUGUAUCUGGUUGCCGUGAGACCGGAUACCGAUCCUCGAUCUCUAUCGUCUUUGUUGGGGCUCACUGUACGUAUCGCACAACGCAUGGGCCUGGACAAUGAAUCGUCGAAUGCAAAGUGCGGUCCGCUGGAGGGCGAGAUGCGUCGCAGGCUAUGGUGGGCUCUCCUGCUCUUCGACAACCGCGUCUGCGAGAUGGGAGACUACAGAGCAGUCACUCUCUCUCCAUCAUGGAACUGCAAGAUCCCUGCAAAUCUCAACGACAAUGACCUUCAGCCCGCGAUGAAAGCGAUGCCAAAGAGCCACGACAGACCGACGGAAACGACAAUGGCCAUCCUGCGCUAUGAGGUCGCAGAUCUUGUUCGCCACAGUCCUUUUUUCCUCGACUUCACUAGACCGGCACUGAAGUCCAUUGCUGCACCAAACGAUCAUGGCGGCACUCUAGAAGCUCUCCAACAAAAAAUUGAAGACAAAUAUCUAUGUCACUUGAACCCAGAAAACCCACACCAUUUCAUGACCCUCUGGCUCACACGAGGUCAUGUGGCUCGGUACCUGCUCUUCCAACACUUUUCCAUCUCACCAGAGACCCAAACACAACAACAACGCGAUUCUGCAGUCACCUAUGCAUUGACCAUGCUCGAUUGCGACACCAAAAUCCUGACUCACCCAUCCACAAAACGACAUACAUGGUUCCUCUACUUUCACUUCCCCUUUCCUGCAUACAUACACAUCUUACAAUAUCUUAAACGCGAGCCUUUGGCUCAACAUACGCAAACUUGUUGGAAGACUAUGAGCAACAGUUGUAGAGUCAGGUUUGCGGACCCCGAGCAAGAUGGUCAUCCUUUCCACAAGACUCCCAUCUUUAGGGUGUUUUUGAGAUAUAUCGUCAAGGCUUGGGAGGCUAGACUUGCAGCUACAAGAAAACAAGGAAGGAAGGAUGAAGAAACGCCAUUUAUCGUUGAAGAGUUUCAGAGGAGAAUGCAAGCGGCGAAUGAGGAUACCAGAGGUGAUGCAGCCAUGUCUUUUGAAGCUGACGACCCAACGAUGCCGUUUCCUACGAUGGGGAUGGGGGAUUCUUGGGACGAGACUAGUGGGCAAGGUGUCAUGGAUGUUGCAGAUGGGUUCUCCAGCGAUAGUCUAGCGGAUGUUGAUAUGGGUGCUCUUGAUUUGACUGGAGUAGAUUGGCCGCUGCUGAACAUUCCA